CCACUCCUAUAAAAUUCAAUUCCUUUAAAUUCAUUCUUUCUAACUUCUCUCUGUUUUUGUUCCUCCCACUUCCCAACACUCCGGUCACCGGAUUUCUUUACUACAGCAAAAAGAAGAGAAAAACACGGCGUCAUCACACCGUGAUAAUGAAGCUAUCUUUUUUCCGGCUUUACACAACAUUGGUUUGUUUUCAGGUCUUGUUGUUUAUAUCUAUAUGCAGUGCAGAAAGGUCUGAUUCACGAAUACUACAGACUACCAAUGACACGUUGAGGGAAAAACAUGUUGAAAACUAUUGUGCAAUGCAUGAUAUAUGUGGAGCAAGAAGUGACGGGAAAGUAGUGAACUGCCCUUUUGGUGCUCCAUCUGUAAAGCCAGAUGAUUUAUUAUCAGCCAAGAUUCAGAGUCUGUGUCCAACAAUUUCAGGGAACAUCUGUUGUACAGAGGCUCAGUUUGAUACAUUGCAUUCACAAGUCCAACAAGCGAUACCUUUUUUAGUUGGUUGUCCAGCAUGCUUAAGAAAUUUUCUGAAUCUCUUUUGUGAGCUUACAUGCUCUCCACAUCAGAGCCAGUUCAUCAAUGUGACUUCUAUUUCCAAGUUGAAGAAUAAUUCAACUGUGGGUUCGAUUGACUACUUCGUAACUGACACUUUUGGAGCGGGUUUAUUCGAUUCAUGCAAGGAUGUGAAGUUUGGUAGUAUGAAUUCUCGGGCAAUUGAGUUUGUUGGUAAUGGAGCUAAGAAUUUCAAAGAGUGGUAUGCUUUCAUUGGUCGAAAAGCAGGCUUUCAGAUUCCAGGAUCGCCCUAUCCAAUUAAUUUUCGGUCCGACGUUGACAUGUCAAGCGGAAUGAAACCUAUGAAUGUCACUACUUAUUCAUGUGGUGACACAUCACUAGGCUGUUCUUGUGGUGAUUGUCCUUCAGCUCCUAUAUGUUCUAGUUCCUCCCCUCCAUCAUCUCAUGUAAAGGGUUCUUGCUCAGUGAGGAUUGGCUCUCUAAAGGUGAGAUGCAUUGAAAUAUCACUAGCGAUAGUAUACAUUUUAUUGGCUUCCUUGUUUCUUUGGUGGGGAUUGUACCAUAAAAGAGGAGCAAGGAACCCAGCUUUGAGAACUAAAUCAAUGAUGAAUGUGAAUAACGGUGGUCAAGUACAGCAGGUCCGUGGCAAAAAGGAUAAGAAUAUUCCCAUGCAGAUGUUGGAGGAUAACCCUCAAAUCACAAGUGGGGUCCAGCUUUCACCUGUGCAAAGAUACAUGGCAAAUAAAUUCAGGUUAUAUGGAACAUGGGUUGCUAAAAAUGCAAAUCUUGUCUUAUUCUCUUCAUUGUCUAUUGUCCUUCUUCUUAGUUUAGGCUUAAUUCGUUUUAAAGUAGAGACACGGCCUGAGAAGCUUUGGGUAGGCCAUGGGAGUAGAGCUGCAGCAGAGAAAGAAUACUUUGAUAGCCACCUGGCACCUUUCUACAGAAUCGAGCAGCUCCUAUUGGCAACCAAACCUCAGGCUGCACAUGAGAAACCGCCUACUAUUGUCACUGAGGAAAAUAUCAAGUUGCUUUUUCAUAUACAAGAGAAGGUUGAUGGAGUUCGAGCAAAUUAUAGUGGAUCGUUGGUUUCUUUGACGGACAUAUGCAUGAAACCUCUAGGCGGGGCUUGUGCCACACAAAGUAUUCUCCAGUAUUUCAAAAUGGAUCCUAAAAACUAUGACAACUUUGGGGGCGUUGACCAUGCUGAAUACUGCUUUCAGCAUUAUACUUCUGAUGAGAAUUGUUUGAGCGCAUUCAAAGGACCACUAGAACCCAGCACAGCAUUAGGAGGUUUCUCUGGUAACAAUUACUCUGAGGCUUCUGCAUUUAUUAUAACUUAUCCCGUGAACAACGUAAUUGAUAAAGAAAGCAAUGAAACCAAAAGGGCUAUUGCUUGGGAGAAGGCUUUCAUUCAGUUGGUCAAGAAUGAGCUCCUAGAAAUGGUGGAAUCCAAGAAUUUGACACUAUCCUAUUCCUCUGAAAGUUCUAUCGAAGAAGAACUGAAAAGAGAAAGUAGUGCUGAUGUUGUUACAAUUUUGAUAAGCUACCUUGUAAUGUUUGCUUAUAUAUCCUUGGCAUUGGGUGACACUCCUCGCUUCACUUCCUUCUAUAUUUCUUCCAAGGUAUUGCUAGGCCUUUCUGGAGUAAUACUUGUCAUGCUGUCUGUUACUGCAUCAGUUGGUUUUUUCAGUGCAAUUGGAGUAAAAUCUACACUUAUCAUCAUGGAAGUCAUCCCUUUUCUUGUUCUGGCUGUGGGGGUAGACAACAUGUGUAUUCUGGUACAUGCAGUUAAACGGCAGCAGGUGGAGUUGCCUUUAGAAGGUCGAAUAAGUAAUGCACUUGCUGAAGUUGGUCCAUCUAUAACUCUAGCUAGUUUAUCUGAGUUUUUAGCAUUUGCUGUUGGAAGCUUUAUUCCUAUGCCAGCAUGUCGGGUGUUUUCCAUGUUUGCAGCACUGGCUAUUCUCUUAGACUUCCUUCUGCAAGUUACUGCAUUUGUCGCUUUAAUUGUUUUUGAUUUUCUAAGAGCCGAGGACCAAAGGAUUGAUUGUUUUCCUUGUAUCAGAGUCCGUGGUUCACUUGCUGAUAGCGAUGACGGUAACAAUCAGAGAAAAUCUGGAUUACUUACUCGAUAUAUGAAGGAGGUUCAUGCACCCAUUCUAGGUGUAUGGGGGGUCAAAUUGGUUGUCAUUGUAAUUUUUGUUGCAUUAUCACUCGCCAGCAUUGCAUUAUGUACAAGAAUUCAACCUGGUUUGGAACAACAAAUAGUUCUGCCUCGAGACUCAUAUCUUCAAGGUUACUUCAAUAAUGUCUCGGAGUAUCUCAGAAUUGGUGCACCUCUAUAUUUUGUAGUGAAAAACUAUAAUUACAGUUCAGAAUCAAGCCAGACGAAUCAAUUGUGCUCUAUCAACCAUUGUGAUUCCAACUCCCUUUUAAAUGAAAUAUCAAAAGCGUCUGUGGUACCUACGUCAAGCUACAUAGCUAAACCUGCUGCUUCAUGGCUUGAUGACUUUCUUGUUUGGGUAUCUCCAGAAGCUUUUGGCUGCUGCCGGAAGUUCACUAAUGCAACUUAUUGUCCUCCUGAUGAUCAGCCUCCCUGUUGUACUUCAAGUGAUGGUUCCUGUACUGUAAACAGCGUUUGCAAGGACUGUACCACGUGUUUUCGUCACUCAGAUUUCCAAAAUGAUCGUCCAACUACGACACAAUUCAAGGAGAAGCUUCCGUGGUUCCUCAGUUCUUUGCCUUCUGCUGAUUGUGCAAAAGGUGGCCAUGGGGCUUACACCAACAGUGUAGAACUCAACGGCUUUGAGAAUGGUGUUAUUCAAGCAUCUUCAUUCCGUACGUAUCACACUCCUCUAAACAAGCAGGCUGAUUUUGUCAACUCAAUGAGGGCUGCACGAGAAUUUAGUUCAAGGGUCUCCAAAUCCUUACAGAUUGAGGUGUUUCCUUAUUCCGUAUUUUACAUGUUCUUCGAGCAAUAUCUUGACAUAUGGAAGACGGCACUAGUCAGUCUUGCAGUAGCUGUUGGUGCCGUGUUUAUUGUCUGCCUGGUGAUUACUUGUAGCAUAUGGAGCUCGGGUAUAAUUGUACUAGUGCUGGUGAUGAUUCUUGUGGAUCUCCUGGGAGUUAUGGCUAUUUUAGACAUCCAACUAAAUGCUGUGUCUGUCGUAAACCUCGUGAUGUCAGUGGGUAUUUCUGUGGAGUUUUGUGUACAUAUAACACAUGCUUUCUUGGUUAGUAGCGGAGAUAGAGAUCAACGAACGAAGGAGGCUUUGGGUACAAUGGGUGCUUCAGUUUUCAGUGGCAUAACAAUUACAAAACUAGUAGGAGUAAUCGUCCUUUGCUUCUCAAGGACAGAAAUCUUUGUGGUUUACUACUUUCAAAUGUACCUGGCCUUGGUCCUUCUGGGUUUCUUGCAUGGACUAAUUUUCUUACCUGUGGUGCUAAGCAUGUUUGGGCCGCCUUCUAGACGAGUUCUAGUUGAGAGGAAAGAUCAUAACAAUUCUUUUGCUUCACCAUCAUUAUAACUUAUGCUACACAAAAGUAGGUUUUCACUCGCCCUCUCAUUCUCUUCGGUGAAAUUUUCUUCCCAAGCGUCAUAGUAUUUAUAUGUCCCGUGUUCGGGAAAAAAAUAGUGGUAACACAUGUAUAUAGUGGUACCUCAAGUUAUAGACUACAGAUGAGCAUAGAUGUAACUUUACUUGUAACCCAUAUUUCCUAUUAUUAACUACGUAUAAUUUGUAGCUCACUUGAUCAGUAUGACAAGCGAUAGUGAGUUCUGUAGUGUAGCUUUCAUGCAUUUGAGCUUUUUUAAAUCUUGAACUCUUCACAAUUGAUCCAAA